ACGUCCGGAUUCUCACCGACGGAGACACUUCGUCUCCACCUCAAGUAUCAUAUGGGACUCUCCCAUACUCUCUGAAUGCUAACAACAAAGACCAGCACAGCACAGCACAGACUAAACGGGUCUCGUUGCCGUGCCGCCUGCGGAGCCUGAGUCGCCAGAGACGGAGCGGGCGAGGGAGGAUGUUCUAGAAGUGUACGGGGGCCUGGCUUUAAGCUCUGCAUCAUGAACAAUGACGACGAGUUCUACGAUGCCGUCACAGGCUUGGAUUCAGAUGAGUCGUGUGAGGGCACGUCAGAGGCCAGCUUCAAGGACGCUGUGGCAGACGGCGCGCAGAAAAACAAUGGCUCCGUUCCACAGGAGAAUGGAAUCAAGACGCGCAGAACCACUCUACCUGCUGCAAUGUUUUCAAGGAAUAACUUUAGCGUGUGGAGCAUCCUGAAGAAAUGUAUUGGACUGGAACUGUCCAAGAUCACCAUGCCCAUCGUGUUCAACGAGCCCCUGAGUUUCCUGCAGCGGAUCACGGAGUACAUGGAGCACACAUACCUCAUCCAUAAAGCCUGUUCGCAGGCUGACCCCAUAGAGCGCAUGCAGGCGGUUGCUGCCUUUGCCGUGUCUGCCGUGGCCUCUCAGUGGGACAGAACAGGGAAACCUUUCAACCCACUGCUGGGGGAGACCUACGAACUCACACGGGAGGAUCAGGGAUUCCGGUUGGUCUCGGAGCAGGUGAGCCACCACCCCCCCGUUAGUGCCUUCCACGCAGAGAGUCUGGACGGAGACUUCACGUUCCACGGCUCCAUCUACCCCAAGCUCAAGUUCUGGGGCAAGAGUGUGGAGGCCGAGCCCAAAGGCACCAUCACACUAGAACUUCUCAAGCACAAAGAGGCCUACACAUGGACCAACCCUUACUGCUGUGUACACAACGUGAUACUGGGCAAACUCUGGAUCGAACAGUACGGCACUGUAGAGAUAGUCAACCACAGCACUGGAGAUAAGUGUGUGCUGAACUUCAAGUCCUGUGGGAUGUUUGGGAAAGACCUGCACAGGGUAGAAGGCUACAUCCAGGAUAAGAGUAAAAAGAAGCGCUGUGUGAUCUAUGGCAAGUGGACCGAGUGCAUGUGGAGCGUGGACCCCCAGACCUUCGAGGGCUACAAGAAGUCUGACAAGAAGGGUGGUGCUGACACUAAGAAACAGAAGCAGGAAAGUGGUGAGAAUGACGAGGCAGAUGACAUGCCAGAGAUGCAGGAGUCUGUAGCAGUCAUACCUGGCAGCACUCUGCUCUGGAGGAUAUCAUCCAGACCCGCCCACUCGGCAGAGAUGUACAACUUCACUAAUUUUGCGGUUACGUUGAAUGAGUUGGACCGGGGCAUGGAGGGACUUCUGGCACCCACAGACUGCCGUCUACGCCCCGACAUCAGAGCCAUGGAGAAUGGAAACAUGGAUGAGGCCAGCAAGGAGAAAGAGCGGCUGGAGGAGAAGCAGCGGGCAUCCCGUAAGGAGAGGGCCAGAGUCCAGGAGGAGUGGUCCACCAGAUGGUUCCAGUCAGGCACCAACCCGCACACAGGAUCUCAAGACUGGUUGUACACAGGAGGCUACUUCAAUAGGAAAUACACAGACUGUCCUGACAUCUACUGAUGACGAAGUGGGCACGAUCUUGAUUUCUCCUACAACACACAACACAACACACACCACACACAUACACAUUCCAACACAUGCACCAGCCCUCCAUGAACAGUAUGUCCUCUCCAAACUGGAUCUCUCUCAUAGUUGACACUCACACUCCACCCACCACCAACUUUGGCCUCUUGUGUGGAAUGGUCUUGGGUUCGCCGGUGGCCGAGUAGACUUUUUGUUUUUUUUCAGAGCUGGCGGAAAAAGAAAUCAGGGAUUUGAAUGCUAAUUGACUGAAGGUGACAUGACUUCAUUCCUUUUUGUUAUUUUUCUGGUGAGAGGGCCUAAGUGCGUGAGAGAGAAAGCGGGCAUGGGAAACCGAGUGUGUAGCUUGACACUUUUUUUUUUUUUUUUUAAAUCCAUAGAGUGGACACUAAAGUGUCUGUAGAACAGAAAAAGUGAGCACUUUCUUAGAGAUGGAGUGUUGUGUGUGUGUGGGUGUGCGAGUGUGCGUGUUUGAGUUUCCAUCUUCCUCCUUCAUAGGAUCCUUACCACAACAUUGUAUCACUGUACAGCUCAUUUUCAUCUUAAAAAAGCAAAAGCAAAUGUUUGCCUCCAGACAGCACUGUUCUAUAAAAGCUCUGCAUAUUUGCAUAUAUGCUCAUUUGGACAAAUGGUUAGCCUUAUAUUGAAAAGUCAUGUGCAUAUUGUAAGACAUUCAGUUCCAGCAGCUCCAACUGAGGUGGCCAAUCGUGUUUAACGUCAGUGCUACAGAUGAGAAUAAUCAUGAUAAGUAUUCACUGUAAGGAUUAUAGUUGGCAGGAAACAAUUACAGAACUGUAUGUGUGUGCGCGUGUAUGUCUGCGUCUGUCUCUCUAUGUGGGUAUGUCUUAAAUGAUAACUUAGGCCAUAUAGUCUGUGUUAAUUUACAGGUACCAUUUUUCAGUAGCAUCAAGAUGAUCCCACUGCAAUUCAGAUAAUUCAAAACAUGAAGAUACUUUUUUUUCAUCAUCAAAGCAAAAUAUUCAAACAGAACAUGAAAUGUUAGUCGUAUAGGUGUCCACAGUCGUGAGUGUAUCUUCGAUGUAAAUAACUUUUCACUGUAAAUCAUAGGGGCCUCAACAUUGUCAGGGAAACAGAAUUUAACUAAGUGCAUUUCCAAUACUGCUUUUCCAUCAUUUAAAUGUACAAAGUCCUUCAUCCCCUGUGUCCACAUUAGCAGUACAGUUGUAUUUAUCCUAGUUAGAGGAAUAUACUAAUUUAUUAUUCAUGAAUUAGUGCCACAUCAGAGAUAAAGGUACCAUAUAAGAGUUCUGCCGUCUGAUUAUUUUCAGCCGGUGGCAUGUAUGUCUCAUGAUAACUCCAUUAUAGUGUAAUGGUCUGUAGAUUGAUCACUUUUUCUUAAAAAACAAACAAAAAACCUAAUGUACUCUAUCUCACUUGAACCAACAAAAACACUAUGAUCAUACAUCUUCUCUCUUUUCCUUGCUAUAAUAGUUAAACAAAGAUUUAUGCCAUUAGGUUUGACGAUGGCACUCAGAAUCUAUGCAACCAAUCCAUAGGUCCGAUUAACAGCACAGUACAUUUGUACAUUAAACUUGUGUAUACAGCCUACAAUGUAAAAAGAAAAUCCUGUCAAUCGGCAGCUUGGAACUGUAUAUUCACAGCAUCAGCUCACACUGUAAUGGCCUCUAGUCUUUUUCCUCUCUGAAAUAUUCUUGACUUGAUAUAAAAAUGCCUCCUUUCCCCGCCAUUCCAUCCUUGUUUUUAUACUGUCCCAAAUUGCAAGUGUGUGCGCAGCCAGCGCUAUUUCCGUCAGGUCGAGAGGUUGCAAUGUCCAGUUAAGUUUUACCUAGAAAUCAUCUGAAAUCUAGCUAUGAAGUGUGCAAAAACAAUUUCACAGAUUAGCAUUAUUAAGGAGACUUAAGCACAGUGAUGCUAGAUUUUUCUGUAAAUGUAUUUAAUUUUCUAUCUCUCUCUCUCUCUCUCUCUCUCUCUCUCUCUCUCUCUCUCUCUCCUCAUUCAGUGCCUGAAUACAACUACCAAUUAAUUUACUUUCUUUGUAAAACGUACAUUAAUGUCUUACCUCUCAUUCAGUUUGAAAGUGUUUUUGAGUAUCUGACAGGAAAUUGUCUUUUUCUGUUGGUGUUUUCUAGUGCUUUGCCCCUUGUCUUUAUAUUUUGGGUAAGAUUGAAAUACAUUACAUUUAUCUGUGCAAGAAUGUCAGCACAUUUUCAGAUACACUACUGUGUGUACACUCAUGCAGUUAAUUGUCUCAUGAAAUGGAUAUGUGAAAGUUAGCAAUACAAACUAAAUGAAUAUAAUUAAACUAUAGACUUUACGUUGCUUUGUGUGCAUUGAUUGUGUUAAAUAUCUUAAUGAUGGGUUUACCAAUGUCUUCACUGUAUGUGGCAGUUGACCUUGUAAAGAUGUGUUUUUUGUUUUGUUUUGUUUUGUUAUUAUGUUCCCAAUGUUGCACAAAAAGUGUUAGUGAACAUGAUCACGUAACAUUAUUUUUGUGCAAUUGAUUUAUUUUUAUAGUAUUUAAUGCUUACUGUCUGAUGAGAAAAUUAAUUACUUUAUUUUAUGCUGGGGGUUUAUAAUUGGGUCAUUUAUGUUAUCAGAGUAGAGUACAGAUUAGUGGAGUAACAGUAGGUGGAAGUGUACUAAAAUCUUAAUUUUACUUUUGAAAUUGAAACCUGUUAGUUUUUAAAUAAAAUCUUCGUUGGCCAACAUGA